CUGGGACAAAAGUCACAGUGCGGGUGCGGAGAAAUAACACGUGACCAUUUCCGCUGCUCUGAUUGGUUGUGAUGAUCACAUUGCUGUAGAGCAGACGUAGCCAUCAGUUUAUGCUACAAGCUUCAUCUGUGAGGUGACAAUGCUUCUCAAUAAGGUCUUCAGAGCCAGUCUUCAGUCUGGGAUUCGUCUGCAGAGCUCUGGCGUGACUGCAGCCAAAGCUGCAGCAGCUGGCCAUGCAGGAGCACCUGGCUUUUCUUUUGAACUGACGGAUCAGCAGAAGGAGUUCCAGCAGCUGGCGAGGAGGUUUGCUCGAGAAGAGAUGAUCCCUGUUGCAGCUGCUUAUGACAGGAGUGGGGAAUAUCCAUUCCCCAUCAUUAAGAAGGCAUGGGAGCUCGGCCUGGUGAACGGUCACAUCCCACAGGAAUACGGUGGAUUGGGUUUGUCGAUCUUCGACAGCUGCCUCAUCACAGAGGAGUUGGCUUACGCCUGCACAGGAAUGCAAACCGCCAUCGAGGCCAAUUCUCUGGGACAAAUGCCUGUUAUCCUGGCUGGCAGCGAUGCACAAAAGAAGAAAUAUCUGGGCAGGAUGACGGAGGAGCCGCUCAUGUGUGCGUACUGUGUGACCGAACCCGGGGCGGGUUCUGAUGUGGCCGGUAUAAAGACCCGAGCUGUGAAGAUGGGUGACGAGUAUGUCGUUAACGGGCAGAAGAUGUGGAUUACUAACGGAGGGAAAGCUAACUGGUAUUUCCUCCUCGCCCGAACCGAAGCUGAUCCCAAAUGUCCAGCUAGCAAAGCUUUCACUGGCUUCAUUGUAGAUGCAGACACUCCAGGAAUUCAACCAGGAAGGAAGGAGAUGAACAUGGGCCAGAGGUGCUCUGACACCAGAGGCAUUACGUUUGAAGAUGUCAGAAUACCCAAGGAGAACGUCCUGAUCACAGAGGGAGCUGGUUUCAAAAUCGCCAUGGGUGCCUUUGACAACACCAGACCACCAGUAGCAGCAGGAGCAACAGGUCUGGCACAGAGAGCGCUGGAUGAAGCCACUAACUACGCCCUGGAGAGGAAGACAUUUGGCAAAGCGAUUGCUGAGCAUCAAGCCGUGUCGUUCCUGCUGGCUGAGAUGGCCAUGAAGGUGGAGCUGGCCCGGAUGGCGUACCAGCGGUCCGCUUGGGAACGGGAUCAGGGUCGCAGAAACACUUAUUACGCCUCCAUCGCCAAGGCCUUCGCUGGAGACAUCGCCAAUCAGGUGGCUUCUGAUGCCGUUCAGAUUUUUGGAGGCAACGGCUUCAACAGCGAGUACCCGGUGGAGAAGCUGAUGAGGGAUGCAAAGAUCUACCAGAUCUAUGAAGGCACAGCUCAAAUCCAAAGGCUCAUCAUUGCCAGAGAACACCUAGGAAGAUUCCAGAAAUGAAAUCAGCUGUUUGACUUUUCUUCUUCUGCAUUUAAAUAUUGUACUUUGGAUAUAAAUAAGCUCCUGUCAAACUAAUCUGGCCUCAGGAUGCAGCUCUAGAUGUUGUUUGCCUUAAAACGGAUUCAUUCUGCUCUGCAGUAUCAAACAAGUUCAGACCACGAAAAGGAAACAUUUUUAAGACAUAAAUAAUCGUGUUGUUUCCAGUUUAGCACAUUUUGUACAAAAACAUCUUUUGAAUGUGAAGGAAAGAGAGUCUGUUCAGGUUGGAAAUGAUCAUCAGCAGGAUACAAAUAAAUGUGUUUAGAAGGAAAUCUGUUUCUGAACUAAAACUGUUGCAGUUAUUCUCGUUCACGAGUGUUUUGUUGAUAAAGAUGUUUUUUUUAAUGAAAAUCCGGUUGAAGGUCAAAGUUCAGACUUGGCUCACACCUUUGUGAUUUUUGUUAACUUGUCUUCAUGCCUGUAGUCAUGCCUUAAACACACAACUGACUCUGGUCAAAUGUGUAAAGUUGUAUAAAUUCAUUUAACACUAGAAUGUGUGGAAGUAAUUCUGCAUGCUGUCAGCCAGUUCCACUCAGCAGACAUUAUCAACAUUAUGGUAAACUUCUGCACACUUGCUCACUAAUGUUGGAUGUAAUGCUGUAUGAUUUUUCUGAGCCGUCCACUUAAUAAAUUCAUUCUGGAUUA